UAAAUGAGAGCAGUAACUGCUGAAGUACUCAUUGUAGCUCUACAAGGAUGUCAAAUGAAACCUCCAUGACUGAAUUCAUCAUCAUGGACUUUUCCAGCCUCCAGGAGCUGCGAUUUUUGUUUUUUGGGGUUUUCUUGGUCACCUACACCUGCACUCUUCUAGGCAACAUCUCCAUCAUUGCGCUUACCUGCCUGGAUCCUCAUCUUCACACCCCUAUGUAUUUUUUUCUUGGGAACCUCUCUUUCCUAGAUAUCUGCUACACCACCACCAAUGUCCCCCAGAUGCUGCUGCACCUACUGGCAGAAAGGAAAAGCAUCACCUACGUUGGCUGCGUCAUCCAACUGUAUUUCUUCCUCUCUUUUGUGGGCACAGAGUGCAUCCUGCUGGCUGUCAUGGCUUAUGAUCGCUAUGUGGCAAUAUGCAGCCCACUGCAGUACAUGGUCAUUAUGAGGAAAUCCCGCUGCCUUUGGCUGGCUGGCAUCUGCUGGGCUGCUGGUUUCCUGAACUCUGCAGUGCACACGUUUUUCACCUUCCGGCUGCCUUUCUGUGGUGCUAACCAGCUCAACUAUUUCUUCUGUGACAUCCCACCACUCUUGAAGCUGGCCUGUGGGGAUACCUCCAUCAAUGAAAUCACCCUGCUUGCCAUAGGGGUCUUUAUAGGAUGGACCCCAUUGAUUUGUAUAGUCCUGUCCUAUGUCUACAUCAUUUCCACAAUCCUGAAAAUACAUUCUACCGAGAGAAGGCUCAAAGCUUUCUCUACCUGCACAUCCCACCUCAUCAUUGUACUUCUGUACUAUGGCAGUUCCAUCUUCACCUAUGUAAGACCCAUCUCCAGCUACUCUCUGGAUAAAGACAGACUGAUUUCUGUCCUAUACAGCAUUGUUACUCCUAUGCUAAACCCUUUAAUCUACAGCCUGCGAAACAAGGAUGUCAAAGGGGCUUUGAGAAGAGUGCUUAUGGGGAAACUGUAUUUGCAGUGAUGCUGGAAAUGCUUUUUCUAUGGAUCUUUAAAUAUCACUGAAAAAUUAAAGUUCUUUUC